ACAUUACAGGGAAUGGAGAGGGGUUAGGGGUCAGAACUACGGCAGGACAGGACACGUGUUCAACCCCUUGAUUUUGAGAGACUGUACCACCACAGAAGCCCGUUCUGUUGUAAACAGCCAGGCGUCUAAGUAAUGGUGCUAAACCCUUUGUUAGACCACCAGCUGAAGAUCUGUAUCUAGGGGAGUCUUACGCAGGCAGGCUACAGUCCACCAGCAUCCCGAAGGCCGUAAUACAACCGAUAUCUAAACGGAGACGUCGAAUGACCAGUGCGUGGGAGCCGAAAAGUGAUAUUCGUAAUAUUCCGGCCACUAAUAGAUUACAGUAGACACAGUUGAACCGCUCACCUGGACACGUGUUUACAAGGAGAGUUACCUUUUGCUCAAAAACUGACGAAGACGCUAACAUGGGAAAAGGUCGCCAAGAAGAAGAGAAGCGGCCAAAUGGAACAGCAGACGACAGUGAGGAACCCAACCUUCCGGUUCCGCCAGACGGAGGCUGGGGUUGGAUGGUCGUGUUCAGCUCAUUUCUCAUUCACGUCGUCGCUGACGGCAUCGUGUACUCAUUUGGAAUCUUCUAUGUUGAAUUCUUGGACUUCUUUAAAGGCGGUAAAGGCGAGACAGCCUGGGUGGGGUCCCUGGUGCCUGGAAUUACGUUAUCGGUUGGGCCCAUAGCGAGUGCCUUGACGAACAAGUAUGGCUGUCGUCCGGUGACCAUAGCCGGUGCCCUGAUAGCCAGCACUGGAUUUAUCCUCAGUCUUUUCGCCCCAAACAUUUACUACCUCUACUUCUCAUUUGGUGUCCUCUCAGGCCUUGGUUUUGGGUUAAUCUACUUACCGGCUAUUGUCAUAGUUACGAACUAUUUUGAGAAGCGUAGGGCUUUCGCCACAGGACUGGCUGUUUGUGGUUCCGGAUGUGGUACUUUCAUUUUUGCACCGCUUUCAAAAUGGCUUCUUGACCAGUUCGGCUGGAAAGGUGCCAUCUUGAUUCAAGCGGGCAUUAUCUUGAACUGUGUAGCGUUGGGGGCCUUGUUUAGACCGCUGGAGGAGUCUGUACCUCGGAGAAAACACAAUCACUUGGACGACGAGGAGGUUGAGGCUUUAGUGAAACAUUCGGAACACUCCGGGAAUCCGAUUGUGAAAUUCAAAAAGCAUCAGAACAGGAAUGCUCAGAAAAAGGGCGAUACACACUUGUCUCCGAUAUUCAACGUGCAGCCCAACAUGAUCCGAAGUGACGGUGCCCUGCAUGUGAUCGGUAACGGCAAGAGUACCCCUGGCAAGUCGGUCGGGAGCAUGUCCCCACCUUCCCCACGACACCUCCAUCCGCUGGUGUCCGAGAAGCGACACAGUUCUCACGUGACGCUACGGACCCCCGUGUCCGUACGGGGUCCCAUGUACCGCAAGGACAUUUUCUACAGCGGUAGUUUGGUGAACAUUCCUAUGUACCGGUCCAAUCCGGCAAUGUAUGUCACCAGCAUUACGUCCAUUCCUGAGCACAUUUCAUCUGCGGAAGACUGGAAGCUCUUCGGCUUCAUCAAGCUCUCUCCCGAAAUGAGGGACACGUUAAAACAAAUGUUAGACUUUUCCCUUCUCAAGGAUCCAGUUUUCUUGCUCUUCGCCAUAUCAAACCUCUGCACGAGCAUUGGGUUUAACAUGCCUUUUAUAUAUCUGCCUGAUCGUGCCCUGGAACUGGGCAUUGAUUCGACAGACGCCGCCUUUCUGAUUUCUGUGAUUGGUAUUGCUAACACCUUCGGUCGUAUUGUCUUCGGGUGGCUGUCAGACAGACAAUCUGUGAACAGACUGCACUUGUACAACUGCGCUCUGACCAUCUGUGGACUGUGGACAGCACUCAGUCCCCUCUGUACCACCUACCCUUGGCUCAUUGCCUAUGCUGCCUCCUUCGGACUCUUUAUAGGUGUGUAUGUGUCCUUGACCUCCGUGGUGCUAGUUGACCUUCUCGGCCUUGAAAAACUUACGAAUUCGUUCGGCCUACUCCUUCUGUUUCAAGGCGUUGCCACACUCAUAGGUCCACCAAUUGCUGGUUGGAUAUAUGACGGCACGGGCAGCUAUGACAUCUCUUUCAUCGCAGAGGGCACCAUGAUUGCUUUAAGUGGCGUGAUGCUUUGGUGGAUACCUUGCUUACAGAGACGGCGCAACCGAUCCACCGCAGGGACAGAUCUGGAAGUGGACUUUGGAAAAGAAUGCGAUAUCAAAGUGAAAGUGGAUGAUGUGUCGGCGUAAAUUGUGGACAACAGAUGGAAUGUACAGCAGCUAUAACAGAUAGUGAAUUCUGUGAAGGUGACAUUAUAGUAUGUCUAAAACACCUACGGUCACGUACAAGAUCCACUUAGAAUGCCCGACUCGGCGGUAUACACUGUCCGAUAUGAGUCAUGGUGAUGCGGAGCCUGAAGGCUUUCACUAUUAUUCACUUAAUAAGAUACCACUCAGAAGCUCGGAUGGACUGUGCAGACUGGUGAGAGGUUAGAUCCUAAAACUGCUCAGGACCUGAGCCUACUGCAAAAGAGAGAUGACAAUUAAGGCAACAGUGAAACGGGUGAAUGAAAUGAUACUCAAUGUGAUAAAAGCGUGAUGGUAGAUCAGUACCGAACUUAAAUGUUAUAAGAAGGCCAUGAACGGUGGAUCAGAGUCACUCUGGUUGAACCAGAUAUGAUAUACGGACAAUCUGGAGAUUGGUUAAAGCCCUCUGCAUGCCAUACGUCCAUGAAUCGAAGGUCAGCAUGGUUCUAGAGGAGAUGUAGACUGUACCUCCUGGGAAUACAGUCACGGUACAAACACAAGAAGGGAUGUGAUUUGCAAAGGACUAUUUUCGCUUAUGAGCAUUGGUGUCUUGAUACACAGGAUGAUUUUCAGAUGUUCCAUCUGUCCUGAAUCCGCAGCUGAUAAAUCUGAAACAGUAUGAUCCCUGAAAUUUACUUGUCAUCGGCUGAAUAUAGAUAAAGAAACAAAAUUAGGCAUCGAAAAGGAGCUCAGGUUAUCUGCUCGUCAGAUUCUUGAUUUCUUCCAUUAGCACUUGUUUAUGCUGUAUUGCAUACUGCUCAGGGAACGUUUGUACAAACUGAUAUCCUGUAUGGCGUCUAACUGUAUGAUUCAUAUUAGUCGAAUGACUAUUCUGUUAGAAAUCUGUGAUGUUGUUUUAUUACUCACGGCCGACUGCCUUGGAUGUGAGUUAAGGAUGUGACGGUUGUGUGACAGUUGUAUGUGUAACUUGGGUUUUCAUAGGCAAACGUAACACAUAAGUUGAUCGCAACUUUUUUCAUUUCCAAGAGAGACGUUUCAGUGUGGAUGGUUAUAACUUUACCAAGCAUCAUAAGUUGUGUGGCUGAUUGCUGUUAUUACAUGCUUGAUAACGUUUGCGGCUGCUUACAUCUUUAGCAAGCCUUAACACAUUUGAAUGAAUUCCGUAGCCAGCAGUCGCGUCGAAACAUCUUUAAGGCAAUUAGAAGAUGUUGUCACGCACAAAGCGUUCGGUGUUUAGCCACCAGCUGUGAAAUGCCACAAAAAAUAUGUAUUGUGGACCCGUUUUAGGGCCCUGUAUGUCUACGUUCUCUCCGUUGUCAUUGAUUAUAAUGUAUGCUAGAAAAGGUGCUGUGCUGUACAAGUUUUAAUGAAUUUUAAUCAGUGCGCAUGCGCAUCAUAGUCCUUCAUGUAAAAACACACGGUUGUGCGCGAAUAUCUACCGUGUUUUUUUUUUUUUACAACUUGGUUAUUCUGAUAUACUUAAUACGUGAAUAGUGAACAUACUUUGCAAACACGCAAUUUAUACAUUAAAGUUUUUAAGCCUACAUUUCAUGCAUUGGUAUUACAUUUGUGUAUACAGUGGCUCCAUUACGUGACAAUCCCGCUGUAUUCGAACAGAGGACAGGAAACGUGACAAAUGACUCACUUUUUAAGGUUAGACAUGAGGUUGUAAAAACAGACUAAAUGUUGUCAGCAAGUGACAGAGAAGCGGUCUAAAUUGACGUCGUCGUUGAUUUAAAUCUUGUUACGAUCACCAACGCUAUGUUAAUCUUAUGUACAACAUAAGAUUGAACUUGAAUUAUGUAACUGUGUUUCGUUUGGUUUGGCUACAAUUGAAUGAGGGGCCAAUGAUCGUCAACAUUCGAGGCGGUGCUUGGUUCGUGGUGACGGUAGUGGUGGUUUUCCGUGGUAAAGGUGGCUCUAAUGGCAAUGGUGGUUGGUGUGGGGUGUGGUUUGGAUGAGGUACAUGGAGUCACUUAUUGCCGACCGAAAUGUUUGGGCUGUAAUGGUCAUGUUCUGCGCGUAUAUGUACCUAUGCUUACAAAUGUGCAAGUCUAUAACAAGCAUUCCACCAGCAUUGUGAUUGUACAUGUAACAUUCGUCGCAUGAAUUACGGUAGUGCAGUACACGUGUUACAUGUUUACAGGCCUAUAACCAUUGAACUAAACAUGUUUUGUUUGAAGUGAUCGAUUCGAAACGUUGAUGUAAAUUAUGGAAUAUGAACCCCAGAGACUUGAGAUAAACUUACUUCCCUAUUUAGAACGGCAGAUUGCAUAGUCCGCAGCUGAAUUACCUCCCUUGCCUAAUAAAGCAGCGGUAACGUAACGCGACACUAGUUAUUGGCGCGUGGAACUACGAGAAGCGGAGCAUCCAGUGAAGCGUACAGUGCGAAGGCUGUUUUGCGACAGUGGUAAAUGGUGAUUAGAGACCAGAAUGGAGAAAAACAAUAUGACUGUGCAUUGAUGGUAGUCAUUUGCAAACCAGCUGUAUUUCUAGAGAGUGUUCUUAACAGAGAUAAGUGUGGAGCCCUGUUUAAUGCACCUCCUCCCCCCUCUACACCCCACCCCCACCCAACCACUACUGAGUUAAUCCCACUUGUUGUCACUCCGAUAGUGUCCCGUUUUAUCCCAUUUCUUGAUUUUAAGGAGUGUAAGACACGAUGAUGCACAAACUAAGUAGCCCAUGCCGUGUAAGACAUGAUUUACCUCCCCCUACCAUGUUGCUGGACAACUGAUACAGGUAGGCAGCCGAUCAAGAACUUUAUUUUGGUUUAAAAAUAUCCAUGUACAAUUGCAAUAAUAGUAGUUCUUGAUUUAUUUUUAGCCGGUGCUAUUUCCGAUGACAUUGUAUUAAUAUGCUAUGGCAUUCCUAGUUACUACAUUUGUAUAUUUUUGUUACACAAGCCAUAUGUAAUGGGCUAAGCAUAGUGUUUUCAAAGGCCUAUAUCUUACUUCACACAGCAUGACGUUUUUUGGCCUAUUAUCGCCGUCCGAUUUGGACGUAUCGCAAUAUUCAUCCCCAUAUGGCGUGUGAAUGAGCUUGGGUGUGAGUGCAUUAGUGAAUGCAUUGUAAUGAUGUGUAAGCAGCCCCAUUGAUAUCAUUAUUUCAAAGGGUGAUUUUUUUUUAAUACAACCUCAGAGUUUGUUCUGCAUAAUAUAUCAGCCUUGUAUAAAAUGUAUCAUUUUGAAUCCCAUGUUUGUAAGAACACUUUGUGGUGUAUCUUAUGUUGUCCUCGAUUGACUAUGCCUUCUGAAAUACAGUUUACCUUUUU